AUUAGUAUUAUUAUUGAUAACAACAAACAACUGCUUAAUAAAUAGUAAUACAAUAAACAACUAAACAAAACAAUCAAUUGAUUAUUGAACCGACAAUUAUGAUGACCGCCCGAUAUAGUAGCGACCAAUAGUGGACACCCGACACACAGACACACCCGCGAGUUGGACAACACAUUAAUUGGCCGGACCUAUAAAUAGCCGACUGUUUCACAGAGACACAGACAGACAGACAAACAGACAAGUGGUCAGUCGCGACGGUUACCACCAAUCAGUCACUCGGAUUAGUCACUGGACACCCGACACACACCCGCCAGUGGACGACACAUUAAUUGGCCGGACCUAUAAAUAGCCGACUGUUUCACAGAGACACAGACAGACAGACAAGUGGUCAGAGCGACGGUAUAACCAAACACUCGGCGCCAUAAAAUCAGUCUCCGGUUAGUCACCGAUAUAUCGGUCGGUCGGUCGGACAAUAGUAGCCCCGAAAAGACAUACAUAUAGUACCGAAAAAACUGUGUUCAUCCCCACCAAUCGGUUACCGCCAUUACCGCUAUUACCGCCGAUAACUAUGGAAGCGCUGAUACCGAUUGUCAACAAACUACAGGACGUAUUCAAUACCAUUGGUGCCGAUGCCAUACAAUUGCCGCAGAUUGUUGUUGUCGGUACUCAAUCGUCGGGCAAGUCAUCCGUAUUGGAAUCGAUUGUUGGCAAAGAUUUUCUGCCACGCGGUGCCGGUAUUGUUACCCGCAGGCCAUUGGUCUUACAGUUACARUAUGUGGCCAAAGAUGAUCGUAUAGUACGGGACGCUAACGAAGGUACACUAGAUAUGGACGAAUGGGCAAAAUUUUUGCACACAAAAAACAAAAUCUAUACCGACUUUGAUGUCGUCCGCCGGGAAAUCGAAUCGGAAACCGAACGAAUGGGCGGCAACAACAAAGGCAUUUGUCCGGAACCGAUAAAUUUGAAAAUCUAUUCGGAUAAAGUGGUCAACCUGACCCUGGUCGACUUGCCCGGUAUUACCCGAGUACCGGUUGGCGACCAGCCCGAAGAUAUUGAAGUCCAAAUACGUAAUCUGAUUGUCAAAUAUAUAUCGAACCCSAAYUCGAUUAUAYUGGCCGUUACGCCGGCCAACACUGAUUUUUCUACAUCCGAAUCGCUUAAACUGGCCAAAGAUGUCGAUCCCGACGGUCGCCGAACAUUGGCCGUCAUAACCAAAUUGGAUCUGAUGGACGCCGGCACCGAUGCCGUAGACGUACUCUGUGGCCGUAUAAUACCCGUCAAACUGGGUAUUAUCGGUGUUGUCAAUCGAUCGCAACAGGAUAUCAUUAACAAGAAAUCCAUUGACGACGCCCUCAAAGACGAACUUCUCUAUUUGCAGCGCAAGUAUCCAUCGUUGGCCACCCGUAACGGUUCGCCAUAUUUGGCCAAAACAUUGAAUCGGCUACUGAUGCAUCACAUCCGAGACUGUCUACCGGAGCUCAAGACACGGGUCAAUGUCAUGAUAUCGCAGUUUCAGUCACUACUCAACUCGUACGGCGUGGCAGUCGAUGAUCAGGACGACCCAAAGGGGGCGGCGGGACAAACAUUGUUGCAAAUCAUAACAAAGUUUGCCUCAUCCUAUUGUCAGACGAUUGAGGGAACGGCACGUAAUAUUGAGACCACUGAGCUGUGCGGCGGCGCCCGUAUAUGCUAUAUAUUUCACGAAACAUUUGGCCGAACCCUAGACUCCAUACAUCCAUUAGGCGGACUGACAACACUCGAUAUAYUGACGGCCAUCAGGAAUGCCACUGGUCCCCGACCGGCACUGUUUGUACCCGAAGUAUCGUUCGAGCUGUUAGUCAAACGUCAGAUCCGGCGACUGGAGGAACCGUCACUCAGAUGUGUCGAACUGGUACACGAAGAGAUGCAACGAAUCAUACAGCACUGCGGCAUUGAAGUACAGCAAGAAAUGCUGCGUUUUCCGAAACUACACGAACGUAUUAUGGAUGUCGUCACCCAAUUGUUGCGCCGACGGCUGCCGCCAACCAAUUCGAUGGUCGAAAAUAUGGUACACAUCGAACUGGCCUACAUUAACACCAAACAUCCCGAUUUUCAUGACGCCCAACUAGUUGGCCAACUAAUCAAAAACUCUGAGGAACAACGUCGGCCAGCGGUUGCCCGACUCCGGGAUACGUCACCGUCGCCCGACUCGGCCGGCAGCGGUGGUAUUGUUGACCAAAGACAACAACAACGUUUACAUCAACAGCAGCAACAAUACCAACAGCAAACAGUGGCCACUAAUGCCAGCAGCGGUUCGGGUGAUAAUAGACAACAGACUACUAGUAGUAGCGGUUUUUUCGGGUUUAUGUCUAAAGACCAGUCAAACCAUAACAAGACCACAGUAGCCAAUAGUACUGCUUCCGCGUCCGCCGCCGCCGCCGUCACCAAUGGUGACCAGGAUAGCGGUAUCGAUGAACUUAGCGACCAAUUUCGCGAGAUUCAUCCCAUACGGGUACAGUCACCGAUGAAACCGGUCAACUUGUUGCCCGAAGUUCCGACCAAUACAACCACUCGUAAACUGUCGGCACGCGAACAACGGGACUGCGAGGUCAUCGAACGACUGAUUAAAUCCUAUUUUCUGAUUGUCCGCAAAAAUAUUCAGGACUCUGUACCGAAAGCUAUUAUGCAUUUUCUGGUCAACUAUAUUAAAGAUAAUCUCCAGUCGGAACUGGUAUCCCAUCUCUACAAACACGAACAGUUUGCCAAUCUAUUGUCCGAAUCGGAACAUAUAGCUAUCAGGCGCCGGGAGGCCAGCGAAAUGCUAAAGGCACUGCAAAAGGCUAACCAAAUAAUCGGCGAAAUACGUGAAACACACAUCUGGUAGUACACAUCAUCGGGUAGUUGUGCACCGGGAGGUGUGUGUAUUGAAUGCAUGUCGAAGCCUAUUACAUGACGAUCGAUCCCCCCAUUAGUUAUUAUUAUUAUAUUAUAAUUUUUUUUCUAAUUAUUACUAUUAUUAUUAUACCUAUUAU